AUGAAAGCCGAGCUAACACGAGACUUUGCUUCGCUGAGGUCCGAGUUGGCCAGCGUGAAAAGCACGAUUUCGGACAUCGAACAUUCUCUGUCUGCAUGUACCGACGAUACGGCGGCGCUGCAGAACAAAGUUGAAUUUCUGUCUAAAGAACUCGUUAAACUGGAUGCUAAAUGUGAGGAUUUGGAAGCUAGAUCGCGCCGCCAAAAUGUCCGAAUUGUGGGGAUUCCAGAGGGUGAUUCGUUUUCCCUGACUUCUCUCAAUAUUUCAAAGCUCCUUAAAGAAGCUUUUUCCAUGGAUAAAUGCCCACUGGUGGACAGGGUGCACCGAUCGCUCGCACCCAUGCCGAGGCCUGGACAUAUUUUCCUGAUUCUCUUUCCUUUUCUUGCAGUCUCUGUGCAGGGCCCUCACCAGAGGGCUCUGUUGAAAAACCUGCUGAAGGACUACAAUCGUAUGGAGCGGCCAGUGGCCAAUGACUCGCAGCCUCUCACAGUCGUCCUUUCUCUCAGCUUAGUGCAGAUCAUGGAUGUGGAUGAGAAGAAUCAGGUUCUCACCACCAACAUUUGGCUUAACAUGCAUUGGUAUGACUACUAUCUGCAGUGGAACCAAUCGGAAUACCCGGGAGUGAAGAAUCUUCGAUUCACCACCGAACAAAUUUGGACCCCAGACAUCCUGCUCUAUAACAGUGCAGAUGACGAUUUCGACUCAACCUUUAAGACCAAUGUGCUGGUGAACUCCAGUGGCUACUGCACUUACUUGCCUCCAGGUAUCUUCAUGAGCACCUGUAACGUGGACGUUCGGUGGUUUCCCUUCGAUAUCCAAAAGUGUGAGUUGAAAUUUGGCUCCUGGACAUUUGAUGGCUGGCUGCUGGACCUCCAGAUGAGUGAUGCUGAUAUUUCUGGCUUCAUGCCUAAUGGAGAAUGGGACCUUGUGGGUGUUCCCGGCGCAAGGAACGAGGUUUUCUACGACUGCUGUAAGGAGCCAUACCCAGACGUGACGUUCGUGGUGACCAUCCGCAGACGGACGCUAUAUUAUGCCCUGAACUUGCUUAUUCCCUGUGUGCUGCUGUCAUCCAUGACCCUGCUCAUCUUUGUCUUGCCUGCUGAAUCUGGAGAGAAGAUCUCACUGGGUAUCACUGUUUUGCUCUCGCUAACAGUCUUCAUGUUAUUGGUGGCUGAAAUUAUGCCCGCCACAUCAGACUCCAUUCCACUUAUAGGUCAAUACUUUGCCAGUAUUAUGAUCAUCGUAGGAAUGUCCGUAAUAGCCACGGUGGUUGUACUGCAAUAUCAUCAUCAUGAUCCGAAUGGAGGAAGCAUGCCCAAAUGGGUCCAGCUUGUUCUGCUCCAGUGGGUGGCCUGGUUUCUGCGCAUGAAGCGCCCGGGUGAGCGCGAAGACCCGGACCGCCCCCCGUGCGCACCCCACCUUCGCCGUUGCUCCUCGGGCUCCCAGAACGGCAGCCUGCCCAACACCACCGACCACCACCAUCACCACAUACCCACCACCCUACACCCUCUCCACCCUCAAAGCCUCUUGCAAGCAGUGGGUCACGCCAACCACCUGCCCCUACAGGGCAACAGUGCCAGUAACAACGGCAACCUGCUGUACAUCGGCUUCCCGAGCCUGGACGAAGCCUCGCCGCCGCCACUCCUGUCCGACACGGCCCCGAGGAACAGUGCAUCAGGUGGCUCCACUCAACAGGUGCCAUCCAGCCCUCCCCCACACGUGCUUUCACAGUUCGGAAGCCCGCCACCACCUCCGACGCCAAACCUGGACGCCACCGGAUGCCCCAGUACGGUCUCGGGAGGCGCCGGAGGCUGCUCGUGCUCGGCCACCAGUGGCAGCGGAGGAGACCCGCAACUGCAGGUGAUCCUCGACGAGGUGCACUAUAUUGCAGAGCGCUUCAGAACACAGGAUGAGAGCGACAACGUGGCGGAGCAGUGGAAGUUCGCAGGGGCCGUCAUAGACCGACUCUGCCUGGUGGCCUUUAGCGUUUUCAACAUCAUCUGCACCAUAUCGAUCCUCAUGUCAGCACCCAACUUUGUCGAGGCAGUUUCUAAGGACUUCGUUUAA